UUCGAUUCCUGAAACCAGCUCAUUUCCGCUCAGUACCCUAAUCCAUACCAACCAACUGACCAUCUAUCAACCAAUUACAAAACCAAAAUCAACAAACAAAAUGCCUUCCCUCAGCAACAUCCUCCUUGCCGCCACCCUGGCUUUCUCCUCCGCCUGCUCUGCCAAGACCAUCCCCGUCAAGGUUGGCGAGUCCGGCCUGACCUUUGAGCCGGCGAACAUCAAGGCCGAUGUCGGCGACAUUCUCGAGUUCUGGUUCUACGCCCACAACCACAGCGUCGUGACCUCCACCGCGGCCAAGCCCUGCGAGCCCAAGACCGACAAUGGGUUUUACUCUGGUUUCUUCCCCGUUGCUCAGACCGGUGUUGCUUCUGACAACGUCUUCCGCGUAACCGUCAACUCGACCACCCCUCUGUGGUUCUACUGCUCCCAGGGCAAGCACUGCCAAGCUGGCAUGGUCGGCGCCGUCAACGCCAAGAGCACCGACGACUUUGACAAGUUCAAGACGGCGGCCAAGGCGGCGGCGAGCAACGUGACGCCUGCUGGUGGUGUCUUUGGUGGUUCCGUUGCCAAGGCCUCCUCGUCUGAUGGUUCUUCUUCCAGUGGCGGCAGCAGCAGCACUACCCUCGUUCCUGUCCACAGCGGCAGUGCCUCUGCCUCGGGUGCUUGGUCGUCUGCUACCUCUUCUACCAUGCCCACUAGCGGUGCUGGAGCUGUUGGUGUCUCUUUCAGUGUGUUGGCUGCGGCGCUUGGAUUUGCUCUUGCCUAAGCCGGUUAAAUCUUGGUCAUGGUUUAUGGUAUCUUCUGAGCUGAUGAUGGAGGGGAAUGGGAAAAAUGAACAAAACGGCAAUCUGAAGCUCUCCCUGGUGGAGACCGGAUGUAUGUUAAUAAUGUGUUAUUUGAACUGGU